CAACGUUUACAUCCUAUCUUCGUUAUAUGGUCCUUAACUCAAAUUUACCGGUUAUAAAAAGUAAUUCCGUGUUUAGUAACCGGAUAAAGGUUAUAAACGAUGCCUUUACCGUAUCUCAUGCCUCCCACCUAUCUAUCUUCUCCAGGACUAAUUUCUUGGCCAUUAAAUAUUGUCUGCAAGCUUUCUUCACGUAUCUCCUCCCUUCCGGUUACCUGAAUUCAGCCCAUGUGCGCACAGCAAGCUCAAAAAAAUGCACAGUAAGUCCAAGCCGAUGGGAAAAAUCAAUUCAAAUGCUGGGUCUUCUUCGACGACAUCAAGUAGUGGGACACAUGUAAGAAUCAAUUGUCAUCACAAUAUGAGUUCAGUUUUGAGAGUUGUUAAAAAUGGAGUUAAUGCUGGAAGAAAAUUUCGUGGUUGCUGCUUAUGGCCGCAUGAAAAUUGCCAUUUCUUCAGGUGGGAAGAUGAUGAUGAUGAUGAUGCUAGAACAAAAGAAGUCCACAAUCAUUCAAAUCCAAAUGAUGUAGAACUUAAGAAGCAAAUGGUAGAAGAAAAGAUUCAAAAGAGGAUGCUAGAAAAUGAAGAAGUCCAUCCCCAGGAAUCAAACACAAGUGAGAUAAGAUUUCAAAUGAAGACACUAGAUGAAAAGAUUCAAAAGCUGCAAGUGAAAAACAAAAAAUUGAAAGAGGCAGAUAAGAUUUCAAAUGAAGAUGCUUAUAACAUUUAUUAUAAGCACAUUUUAUCACACGUUAUGC